AUGAGCCCAUCUCCUCAAUGGACUGUCAUUGACAGAAGCAACAAUAGCGCGCAAAAGUCCUGGAAUGCACUGACUGAAUUGGGAGAUCUUGUGAGGCCAAUUGCCACCAAUCGCGCAGACUUCAUUCAGGAAUGCCGUGAUGGAAAGCUUGACGGAGUUGUAGCGGCAUACCGCACUUUCUCCUCCGUUAGCAUUACUGGCUUAGUGGACGAAGAGCUUGUGAAUGCACUACCAACCUCACUGAAAUAUCUUGCGCAUUGCGGAGCCGGUUAUGAUCAAGUUGAUGUCCAUGCAUGCAGCUCUCGGCAGCCGCCAAUCCGCGUUUCUAACGUCCCCACUGCCGUUGAUGACGCUACGGCUGAUGUGACGAUGUUCCUGAUCAUCGGUGCGCUGCGGAAUUUUAACACGAGCAUGCAGGCUCUGCGCGAGGGCAAAUGGCGGGGCCAGCCAGCCCCGGCCCUCGGUCACGACCCUCAGGGCAAGGUUCUCGGCAUCUUAGGUAUGGGCGGCAUUGGCCGUAAUCUGAAAAAGAAGGCAGAAGCUUUUGGAAUGAAGGUGAUCUAUCACAAUCGCCGGCCGCUGAGCGAGGAACUCUCUGGAGGAGCCCAAUAUGUGACGUUCGAUGAGCUGCUGGCGACCAGUGAUGUGCUGAGUCUGAACCUACCUUUGAACGUGAGUGAAUUUAAAAUGAUCAUGGAAGCUUAA